AUGGGCAAGUCUACUUCCGUCAAGUCGAGCAAGAAGGGCUCCUCCGACCCUCUCACCAAGGUGAAGGCGGCCGGCGUUACCAAGCCCGCCGACAGCCCCAAGGCCAAGUCUAAGAAGGUUGCCAAGGAGGUCGCUGAGAAGGCUACCAAGAAGAAGUCGAAGAAGGUCGAGUCUGAGUCUGAGAGCUCCGACUCUUCUGCCUCCGAGGCCGAGUCCUCCGACUCUUCUGACUCUGAGUCUGAGGAGGAGAAGCCCAAGAAGAAGGCCGCCAACGGCAAGAAGGCCGCUGCCAAGAAGGAGGAGUCUUCCGACUCCUCUGACUCCGAGUCCGAGGCUGAGUCGUCCGACUCUUCUGACUCCGAGGAGGAGGCCAAGCCCAAGACCAAGGAGGCCAAGUCCAACGGUGUCACCAAGAAGGCCGAGUCCUCCGACUCGGACUCUGACUCUGAUUCUUCCGAGAGCGACUCGGACGAGAAGCCCGCUGCCAAGGCCGAGGCUUCUUCUGAUUCGUCUGACUCCGACUCUUCCGACUCCGACUCCGAUGAGAAGGAGGAGGCCCCCAAAGCCGAGGAGCCCAGCAAGAAGCGCAAGGCUCUCGAUGACCCCGUCAUCCCCCCCAAGAAGGCCCGCACUGAGGACAUGUCUGAGCAGAGCGCCACUCUGUUCGUCGGCUCCCUCGCCUGGGCCGUCAACGAUGACAUCCUGUACCAGGCCUUCUCUGAAUUCCCCAACCUGACUUCCGCCCGUGUCAUCACCGACAGGGAGGGUGGCCGCAGCCGUGGCUUCGGCUACGUCGACUUCUCCGACGCCGAGUCUGCCAAGACCGCUCUCGAGGCCAAGAACGGCACUGAGCUUGAGGGCCGUAACAUGAACAUUGACUUCUCCGGCAAGCGCCCCGAGCGCAGCGACAACCCUGGCGACCGCGCCAACGACCGCGCCCAGCGCCACGGUGACAGCCUCUCCCCCGAGAGCGACACCCUCUUCGUUGGCAACAUCUCCUUCGAGAUGGACCAGGACACCGUCCACGCUUUCUUCGCCACUGUUGCUGAGCCUACCAGCGUCCGCCUGCCCACCGACCCUGAGUCUGGCAACCUGAAGGGCUUCGGCUAUGUCUCGUUCAGCUCGAUUGAUGAGGCCAAGAAGGCUCUUUCUGAGCUCAAUGGCCAGUACCUCGGUGAGGGCAGCUCUGGCCGCGCCGUCCGUCUGGACUACGCCGGUCAGCGCCCCCAGCGUGACGGUGGCGGCGGCGGCGGCCGCGGUGGAUUCGGUGGUCGCGGUGGCGGCCGUGGCGGUCGCGGUGGCUUCGGUGACCGCGGAGGUCGUGGUGGCGGUCGCGGCGGCUUCGGCGGCCGUGGUGGUGGCCGUGGCGGUGGCCGUGGCGGCUUCACCUCGACCAACCGUGGCGGUCUCGGUGACUUCAAGGGCACCAAGGUCACCUUCUAA